AGCAAAAUCUCAGCGCGGGCCGCAACCCGGCGGCCUCUUAAAAACCCUAGACCGGAAACCCUUCCAUAUCCCGCCACCGGCCGUCGCCAUGAGCCGCCUCCUCCUCCGCCGCACCCAUCUCUAUUCCCGCCACCUCUGCCUUCCUCCUCCCCUCUCCUCGUCCUUCUCCUCCCCUCCCUCUCGUCUCCCCUUCCUCUCCUCCUUUCUCCGCCCUACCUUCCGAUCCCUCUCCUCCUCCGACGAUGCCCAACCCCCUCCCCCUCCCCCUCCUUCCGUCUCCGACGUCGGCGGAGCCCCCACCGCCUCUCUGGCCGACUCCCGGAAGGCCGGACCCCUCGUCGAGGACGUCAGCAACAAAGAGUUGAAGCAGCUGAUCGAGAAGUACUACGAGGUGGACGACGAGGAGUUGCUGCCGCAGAUCAUGGAAGCGAUCCUGAAGCGGCAGCUGUCGGGGAAGCACGAGGAGACCGACGACGAGCUGAUGGAGGAGCUGCGGAUGAAGCCGCUCACGGAUGUGAAGGACCGGGAAUUCGAGUCGGACUUCGAGGAGAUGCAUGAUACCGAUGAGGAUAUCCAAGACCUCUACAAUGCGAGGCAGUAUGUGGAGAAGAAGCUGAUGAGUGAUGAGUACUUCAACAUGGAUGACCGCAAGUGGGACGAGAUGAUCCGGGAGGCCACUGAGAAGGGCUACCUUAAAGAUACAAAGGAGUGCGAGGAAAUCCUCGAGGAUAUGCUCAGCUGGGACAAGCUCUUACCAGAUGAGAUAAAGCAAAAGGUGGAAGCCAAGUUCAAUGAGUUAGGAGACAUGUGUGAAAGAGGAGAGCUAGAACCUGAACAAGCUUAUGAAUUAUUUAAGGAGUUUGAGGAUAAGAUGGUUUUAGAAUGUGCAAAGAUAAUGGAAGAAGAGCAACCCUCUGAAGAAGAAGAUGAAGUUGCUGAAGCCGGAAAGAAGGUAGAAUUAGAUGAUCCACCUGGUGAGGGACCCAUUCUCCGGUGGGAAUCACGUGUUGUAUUUGCUCCUGGUGGAGAUGCAUGGCAUCCAAAAAAUAGAAAAGUAAAACUUUCAGUGACUGUGAAAGAGCUAGGUCUUUCACGACAUGCUUUCCGUCGACUGAGGGAAUUAGUUGGAAAGAGGUACCAUUCCGGUAGAGAUGAACUCACAAUCACCAGUGAGAGGUUUGAGCAUCGGGAGGAAAACAGAAAAGAUUGUCUGAGGACUCUAUAUGCCUUGAUAGAAGGGGCAGUGAAAGCUGACAAGCUGGUAGAAGAGGCUCGGAAUACUUAUGUCAAAGAUAGACUCAAAGCUAAUCCAGUGUUUAUGGAGAGACUAAAGGCCAAGGUAGCAAAGUUGCAGUGAUCUCAUUCAGUUUCUCUAUAAGUUUUCUUCUGGAGAUGUAUACCAGAUGAUAAUUUUGUGCUUAUCAUUCAGACGGCAUCUACGAGUGAUGAUGCUUCCUAAGUUGUCUCUGUAAAUUGGGCAUUGCUCCUAGAAAAACAUGCAAUUUUAAGUUAAUAUUGCUCAAUGUAGCAGAAUUCGUGCAUGUUGCAGUUUUGUAAUCCUAGUUUGGUUAUCCUUCCACAGCAUGGGCUUUUCUGCCUCCUUUCAAGUCAGGGUAAAUUUGCAGGUCUA